CAAAUGUGUCCGGAGAUCGCGGAGGUGCACGUGCACAGCGACCUCUUCGGCAUCUGCAGCGACGACGGCGUGGACCUCAGCAUGGACGGCGUGGACCCAGCGGACGGCUGGGCUUGCUGGCAUCGGGAUGAGGACCCAGUCAACGCCUUCGGCGCCGUCCUCAUGCCGAACAGGGAGGCCUUCGAGAAGACGGAGCGGGCUCGCGGAGCACGCCGCUCGCUGUGGCGGCUGGGCGUCGGCGAGGGCCCUACGCUCGGCGUGGACGGCACCGACAAGGAGAAGUUCGACGGUGAGGACAGCAUCUUCGAGGAGAAGCCUGUGGCCCUCGACAUCGAGGACGGCACCGGCAAGGAGAAGUACGAGGGAGAGGGCAGCAUCUUUGAGGUGAAGCCUGUGGCUCUCGGCUUCGACAGCGACGUGAAGAACAUGGUGAAGCACACUCUCGGCGAGUGCUGCCGAUUGGAGGAUGAAGGUGGAGCUCGCGCUGCCUUCAUGUGCUGGUUGAUGGACCAGCCCGAGUUCGAGGGCCUUGGGAUCGCCUCGUGCGCCAUCGCUGGCUGA